GCGACUCCCACAGCGAUGGCCAGCGGUAAAAAGAGUGCUCUCCUCUCCUCUUUGGCGGACUAUGGGGACGGCUCAGAUCCGGACUCAGACCCCGAAUCAGAAGAGACUGGGGGGCCUGGAGUGGCUCUGGUGUACGGCUACGGUGAUGAUGAUCUGAACCGGACUGAGGAUAUAGAAGCCAAGUUCUCUAGAGAUGAAGACAGCGGAGAGAGCCACUCGGAAAUGGAAGAAUCCGACGAGGGGAGGGAGCCAGAUGAAGUUGAGAUCCCAGAAGCAGAAAGAAAGGACCCCAAUGAGCUUGUUGCUCUUUUCUCAGAGAAGGUGAGGAACAUGUCACCAGAUGAGAUCAGGAUUCCCCCUGAGCCCCCCGGACGCUGCUCCAGCCAACUCCAGGAGAAGAUCCACAAGCUGUACGAGAGGAAGCUGCAUGGAGAUUUUGACACAAACAACCACAUCCAGAAAAAGAAAGAAUUCAGAAACCCAAGUAUUUACGAGAAGCUCAUUCAGUUCUGCGCCAUAGAUGAACUGGGAACCAACUACCCUAAAGAUAUGUUUGAUCCCCAUGGCUGGUCAGAAGACUCUUAUUACGAAGCUCUAGCUAAAGCCCAGAAAGUGGAGAUGGACAAACUGGAGAAAGCCAAGAAGGAUCGGACCAAGAUUGAGUUUGUCACGGGGACUAAAAAGGGCACCAACCCCUCCAACUCUGCAGCUUCCACCGCCAGCAACACCAGCACCACCACAGCCACAGACGCCCAGAAGAGGAAAAGCAAGUGGGACUCUGCGAUCCCUGUGACCCUGGCCCAGCCCAACCUCAUCACCACCACCACCGCCACCCUGCCUGCUGUCGUCUCCGUGACAACCACUGCUAGCGGCACCAAAACCACCGUCAUCUCUGCCGUGGGCACCAUCCUGAAGAAAGCAAAGCAGUGAACGACAAGUGGGCAGGAAAGUGUCUCUCUCUACGAGUGACUUGAAGCUGGAAGACGUACGCUAUCCUUCGCUCGUUAUAUAUAUAUAUAUGUGGACAAGAUGCAGAGCGAGGGCAAACGGACUGAGGGACACUUGCUGUACCUUUUUCUUUCUUUUUUAAAUUUUUUUUUUAGAACAAACCUCCAAACACACUCUGCUACACUUGGACAAAGACUUAACUGCCUUCUAUCUCUGGGAUUUUAUCUGCACUAUCGUAUCAUACAGCCAAAUUCACAGUUUGGUGAGAAAACUCAAAGACCCUCUGAAUCUAAGAAAGCGACGCCGGCAGAUCUAAUGCUGAUAUAAAAAUGUGUGUUGUUCUUUUUCUGAUAUGUCGGCAACAGUUGUUUGUCUAAAUAUGACGGUGACUAAAACGGAAGAAGGGUUCCAAACAGACGAGCUAGAAAUAUCGAGCUGUUUUUUUAUUUUUAUAUCCAUGAUUCUGGUGCAGUAUUUUAACGCCACCUUUAGCAGUUAGCUCAACAUGUGCAUCGGUUUUGUUUUUCAUCAUCAGCAUAUUCUCCUGGCUCUGUAAGAUUUUUUACACUUGUACAUAUGUGUUGAGGAUAAGGUGAAUAAAUGGAUCAGAUGUUGCCUUUUAA